ACCACAUCAGCAGGCCACGUCAACAGGGAGUGCCACGUCAGCCACCCGGGCCUGUUUAUGCUGACGCGCUCGCAGACAGCCGUCAUGGACCAGAAACCGGGGGAAACGGCGGAGGCAUAUCAGGACCGCAUGCUGGCUUUGAUCAUAGAAGCCAAGCAGCGGGCGGAUGCAGUAGCAGUCGCAGAGAAGAAGAAGGCGGAGGAUGCCGAGCAGGAACGACUGCUAGCUCUUGAACAACAGCGUCUGCAGGCCGAGGCAGCAGCGAAGGCUGCAGAUGAAGAACAAUUGAAGCGGCGUGAGAAGAUUUUCAGCGGGGAGCAAGCAUUACUCACAUUGGCAGCGGAAUGGCGAACUGAGGCGGAGACAGGGAAGAUGGAGGAGAGCGAGACCAAGAUUGCCCUCCUCCUCUCCCAUCUCACGGACCUCCUGGCAACAUGCAUCGCGCACCAGGAGGACAUUCACAGCCUCGAUGCCAAAGUCAAGAGUGUUCGCAGCCGCGUACAGCAGUUGGAGCAACGACCAGCCGCCGCCCCUGUGGCAAGCUCUUCCAACACAUCAGACCGCCUGGACGCAUUGGAGACUAACGUCAGCACACUCAAGGACGGAGCACGACUACAACAAACCGCUACUCAACAAUUGGAGCAGCGGGUCUGUGCUGCCGCCGCCAGCCCGAGUUCGGGACAGCGCGAGUCAACUCCCAAGUUUGAUGGUCAGGAGAUCUUCUGCGAUUCAACAAAUACGGAUCCAGUUCAUCGUUUCCGCAAGUUUGAACUCACGUUGCAGCUGCACCUCGUCAGCGAAUGCAAGCACCACGCGUACUUAUACUCCCGGUCGGGAGGCGCAUGCCAGGCAUGGCUGGACAAUCUCUUGUCCCAGUACGGGGUGGUCGCUGCCAAGUUACACACGAAGAUCGGUUGGGAAGACCUCAAGGCGGCGUGGCGCAAGCGGUUCCAAGUGGAGCCGCCGAAGAUCAAGGCCAUGGACAAACUCAUGACCUUCGAGCAAGGCUCACUGCCAAGCGACGACUGGAUUGCCGAGUACCAACGCUUGACAUCCGUCCCAGGUCUCCCGAUAGGCUUCAAAGCCAUCAAGCACUACUUCAUUUCGAGGUCGUGCCCGGCGUUGAGCAACGCCUUGACGCAUGUCGAGGACACACUGACAACGACGGCGCAACUGUUCGACAAGGCCGCACAGAUUAUCAUCACGAACAAGGAGGCGAAGAACCUCACUCGUGCUGCGGCAGGCCCGAGCAAGGACCAGCAUCGGCCCAAGGUGGCCGUGGUUGCGGCGGCAUCGACAAGCAGCCAAUCUAGCGAGGCGGAGUCUGCCAAUGAAGGAGACAGACUCGCAGCUGCCCGGGAUGACAGCGGGCUGCCCUACCAAGGGGAAGGGCAAGCAGGGAAACUGAGCGCCGCCGAGAGUGAGUCGACGACACUCUCGACGCCUUCGGAAACGGUUUCUUCGCGAGUGACCGGCCUUCAUUCCGGGGCGCAUGCGGAAGUCGAAAGUCCUCUUCUCUAUUCUUUUGAGGACUAUGCUGCCCGGCUCGUUCCGACGCUGGGAUCUUUUGCUCAAGGACAAGACGUGUGUGCGGCAUCUUCUCCGUCCGGCAACGGUUCUUCUUCGUCUUCAAGUGGUUCUUCACGGGAUUCGGCGCACGGGUUCAACAUAGAGGAAUUGGACCCGCUCAAGUCUAAGGAUUUCGCAUGGCUUCCUCUCCCAACCACGGGCCGCUUACCGGGACCGCAAUGCACAGCACUCUGUGCCCAUCUUCACAAGUACUUGUCCUUCUAUGCACCACCAACUUCGCCGACGGAUGACGAGGUCGCGGUGGGGGACAUCUUGGCAUAUGUUACCAAGGUGGCCCGCGAGUUUCGCACGCAGCGGUACGACGACAAUAAUGCACCAUUGAUGUAUGUCCGCAUCCAAGUUGGGCAGGCAUCCUGCAGCGCUUUGCUGGAUAGCGGCGCGACUCGCAACUUCAUGAGCCAAGCUUUUCUGCAAAGGGUUGGCCUCGGCGCGCAGGUUCGGAGGAAGGCAAGCCCGACGGCGAUCAAGUUGGCGGAUGGAAAGACGCAGCAACUUCUCGACCGUUACAUCGAGGCCGUACCGGUGUACUUCGCACCUCAUGCAUGCGAACCGGUCACGUUCGACAUCUUGGACACGGACUUCGAUAUCAUCCUGGGAAUGCCUUGGCUUGCAAGUGCGGAUCACACGGUCAACUUUCAGCACCGGACUCUCACCGUUCGCGACGCCUUCGGCGCUGAGGUGCCGUGUACUAUUCCUCUUCCGCACCCUUCGAUCUGGUGCCAAGUCGUGACGGCCAAAUCGUUCCGAACUACAUGUGCAUAUGAGCAACCCGAAGAGAUAGGCCUAUGUUUCUUGCGGGCUAGCGCGGUAGCCGACUCUUCACCAUCGGACUUGUCUUCGGACCCCCGCGUGGUACGGCUGCUUGAUGAGUUCGCCGACAUCUUCGAGUCACCUACCGGUGUGGUGCCGGAUCGGCCGAUCUCUCACGAGAUCAUUCUUGGGGCCGGUGCCGUGCCGCCGAAAGGUUGCAUCUAUCGGAUGAGCGAGGAGGAACUGGAGGUCCUUCGCGCACAACUCGACGACUUGUUGGCCAAGGGCUGGAUCCGCCCUAGCAGCUCCCCAUAUGGAGCACCAGUUCUCUUCGUAAGGAAGAAGAACAAGGAUCUACGUCUGUGCAUCGACUACCGCAAGCUCAACGCACAAACUGUGAAAAAUGCGGGGCCUCUUCCUCGUAUCGACGAUCUUCUUGAGCGACUGGGCGGUGCUAAGUUCUUUUCCAAGUUGGACUUGAAGUUGGGGUAUCAUCAGAUUUCGAUACGCCCGAAUGAUUGCUACAAGACCUCAUUCAAGACGUGGUAUGGGCAUUUUGAGUGGGUGGUCAUGCCUUUUGGCCUCACCAAUGCCCCGACAAUCUUCCAGGCGGCCAUGACCCAUGAGUUCCGUGCUAUGUUGGAUCGGUUCGUGCUGGUCUACCUAAACGACAUUCUCGUGUACAACCGGACUCUGGAGGACCAUCUUGAGCAUCUUCGACGUGUGUUGGAGACGCUCCGCCGUGCCAAGUACCAAGCCAACCGCGACAAGUGCGAGUUUGUCCGGCAAGAGCUCGAGUACUUGGGCCAUUUUGUCACACCAGAGGGCAUCAGCCCAAGCCAUCCAGGAGUGGCCGGAGCCACGUAACGUCACGGAUGUCCGUUCGUUUCUUGGUCUUGCCGGCUACUAUCAGCGCUUCCUCAAGGGCUAUUCGAAGAUCGCGGCCCACUUGACCAAGCUUCAAUGCGAGGAUCGACCAUUUGACUUCGACGAGGAUGCGCGGGAAUCUUUCUUGGCUCUCAAAGCUGCACUUUUGUCAGCGGAGGUCUUGCGAAUCUACAACCCGCUAUUGCCCACACGCGU